AUGGCGCCAUUAGGCAAUCUUGUGCGUCUACUUCCACUGCACAUCAACGAAUUACCGGCCCACCCUGCACUCGAAUCUCUGGUCAUCCCUCAUUCAGAACACACCAGGUCUGCCGAGAGCAGUCCAUCACAAGCUGGCAAAGUCGACUCAAGCGAACGCCCCAAUCUCAUAUCAUUCAUGGAGGAAGUCCUCGACCAGGCUACAAUAUUCGUGGAUGAUACUCUUCCGGCCACGUUCAAAGAAGGCAAUUUGAAAAAGUCUGCUCCAGCCACAGCCAAGGUUAGACUGUUGAGUCGAAAUAUUUCGGAGGCAGAGAUUCAGGCUAUUCCCUGGAUUAAUUCCAGUAUUCCGCGAAAUUGGUCCAAUGGGAGGAAACCUGCCGAAGCUUGGUUUGCCAGGAGGAGUCGCCAUGCCAAUCACAGCGACGAAGGAACUGCAGACCUCGACGAGUUCGACUUCGGCUUACGGCAUGACCAUUCGAAGCAUGAGCAAGAGUAUACGCCAGAUGUCUUCGAUUCGUAUAAAGUGCUUGAUUGGGACCUAAGCAUGAGCAUCCACGAAAUGUGCCAUGAACUACCGGCUAUGCUUUCCAACCGCGUCUUUCCAGUCCUUGUCGUCACUGCGAAAAGGGGAAAGCACUCUUUUGUUGUUGUACAGAUCCCAGUGGACAUCUCGGGUCUAACAGUGGCGAUGUACAGCAAUGGAAGGAAUUUGCGUAAAGGUGACAGCGCAGUGAAGCGGAAGAAGCCGGUUCUUGGUGUCUAUACGAGCAUUGAGCGUUGCCAGAUGCUCCCGGACCAGAAUGUUGAAUGGGUCAUGGCUACAGCUAGUGACGCAAAAGGCUGGCUACCAAUGUGGGCCCAAAAGAUGGGGGUUCCUUCCGCUGUUGUCAAGGAUGUCGGGCUAUUCAUUGGCUGGGUCAAGACGCGUAGGCCCCUUUUUCGCAAAGAUCCCCCAUUUAUCGUAAGGCGGGAGGAUGGUACUAGUACGGGUGUGAACGGAGACUAG